AUGCAACCAGAAGCCCUUCUCCAGCUUCUCAGCUGGGUAACCGGCGAUCUUGCAGCUGGUAUGCCCCACUACUGUACUAAGCUCGCUGCAAUAGUCGAUGGUAAAAACAAGAUUCUGGCACUAGACCAAUCCAUUCCCGCAUCCUACGCUGCGUACAACGUUCUCAGUCCCGACAACAGUGAACUGCGGCAGAGGCAGAAUCUUGUAUAUCUUCCAUUUGUGGAUUGGUUGAAUACCCUUACCUUAUGUCGGAACGAGGCGGAUGCCCUGGAACUCCUUGCCGAAGACCUCAUGGAUUGGGAUAAGGAAUUGCGAGGUGUCAAGGAUGGAUAUGUCUCAUAUGCACUGUACAUGGAACAGAGAAUGCCGAGAAGUACAUUCUGGGGAUGGUCAGCUCGGAAGGAGAUGUCGCGUGUAUGA